ACGGGGAUAUAUGCUGGUAUAUUCAAAAUAAAGAAGGGCCCAAACGCUCCUUCAUUCUCUGCGAGCAAAGAUUUGCGACAACCUAAAAUUGAUUCUCGAAGGGUGGUCAGAGCAGCAGCUGCUUCUUUCUCCGACCUUCUAUCGUUGCAAUUCCCAAGAAAUUUGCAUCUUAAAGGUGAUGGCAUCAUUUUUUAUUCUCUUUACAUCGUAGCUGUCGGACAAAUCCGGAGAAGCGAAGCCGUUCCCGAUGGCCGCCUCCACCCUCUCCCCUCCGGAGGUCCCCAUGGAACUCCACGCCCACAACCGCGACAAGCUCGUCCGAGCCCUCCGCGAUCACCUCACCGCCUCCUCUCGCCCCACUCGUGGAUUCGUCCUGCUCCAGGGAGGAGAGGAGCAGACCAGAUACUGCACGGACCAUGCGGAGCUCUUUAGGCAAGAGAGUUAUUUUGCUUACUUGUUUGGAGUAAGAGAGCCAGGUUUUUUUGGUGCCAUUGAUGUUGCAUCUGGAAAGUCGUUUUUGUUUGUGCCAAGAUUGCCUGCUGAUUAUGCUGUUUGGCUGGGUGAGAUAAAACCACUAUCGUUCUUCAAGGAAAGAUACAUGGUUGACUUGGUCUUUUAUGUGGAUGAGUUGGUACUGGUGCUGCAUGAUCACUCCAAUGAGCCAGGAAAGCCCUUGCUUUUUCUCUUGUAUGGACUAAAUACAGACAGCAAUAACUUCUCCAAGCCUGCUGCAAUUGAGGACAUGAACAAAUUUGACACUGAUCUGAGCACACUGCAUCCUAUUUUGACUGAAUGUCGAGUUAUUAAAUCUAAGAUGGAACUUGACCUUAUUCAGUAUGCUAAUGAUGUAAGCUCAGAAGCACAUAUUGAGGUCAUGAGACGAAUCAGAUCUGGAAUGAAAGAAUAUCAGUUGGAAAGCAUCUUCCUGCAUCAUAUUUAUAUGUAUGGUGGCUGCAGGCAUUGCUCUUAUACAUGUAUAUGUGCUACUGGUGAAAACAGUGCUGUUCUCCACUAUGGCCAUGCAGCUGCACCAAACGAUAGGAUUCUAGAAGAGGGAGACAUGGCCUUGUUCGACAUGGGAGCUGAGUAUCACUUUUAUGGUUCUGAUAUAACCUGUUCAUUCCCUGUCAAUGGCAAAUUCACAAAGGAUCAGAUUGUGAUUUACAAUGCUGUCCUUGCUGCGCACAAUGCUGUUCUACAGUCAAUGCGACCUGGAGUUUGUUGGAUAGACAUGCACGAACUGGCUGAGAAAACCAUUCUCGAGUCACUAAAGAACGAAGGAAUAGUUAUUGGUGAUAUUGACAAGAUGAUGGAAAGAAGACUUGGCGCUGUUUUUAUGCCUCAUGGACUUGGACACUUCCUUGGGAUUGACACUCAUGAUCCAGGGGGCUAUGCACAGGGAUUGGAGAGACCGAAAGAACCUGGGUUGAAGGCCUUACGAACAAUAAGAGAACUGAAAGAAAGCAUGGUGAUAACAGUGGAACCAGGAUGCUACUUCAUUGAUGCCAUGCUAGUUCCUGCAAUGGAAGAUGCAGUUACAUCAAAGUUCUUAAAUAAAAAAGAAAUAGAGAAGUACAAAAAAUUUGGUGGAGUUCGAAUCGAAAGUGAUGUGGUGGUCACAGCUGAUGGCUGCAAGAAUCUUACAAACUGCCCUCGAGAAACAUGGGAAAUCGAAGCUGUGAUGGCAGGUGCACCAUGGCCACUGGAUCAUGCUCGCUUCAAGAGUCAGAAUGGCUCCUCCGGUGCCUAAAACUAAACCUCGCACUGGCUGCAGUUUGCUGCCGAAUCUCUUUCAAUCAAAUUUGUCCGACUGUAUCGGUUCAAGAUGCAAUGUACUGAAAUAAAGCAACCUUUAUUCAAGGCUUAUGUUUAUCUCAUCGAGCCUCCAAAUUGAUAGUUUACACACAUUGGAAAAUCCUGGUCAUGUGAAGCAGCCAUCCCGUCUUAAUAUGAUCAACAUGGGGACCUAUCAAAGUGGGCCUACAGAGAAUGUGAUCCUUUCUGUAGAUUGAUCUCAGGUAUUGAUCUUAGGGUGUUUAAUUUUUUUUCUAUAGUAUUUUAUAUUCUUCUAAACUUGGUGAUUUUUGUAUUUGUUCUUUUCUUAAAAAAUUUAAAAAUAUUAUAUUAAAUGACAUAUAAGAAGUUCACACAUUACUUAUAACAGUAUACUAACUUAAUUGGAUGUCUUAACAAAGAUUUUAUUCUUCUAAAUUUAUUUUAGCAUAUAUCAAUGUAACACAAAAACUUGUAGAUGUUUUAUUGUUUUGCUUUGUAUGUUGGUGGUGUAAUCCCUUGAGAAAAAUCCGUGUGAGAGAAGUAAUAAAAGACAAGAUAGUGGAAGUUAAAACAAAAAAAAAAAAAUCAAAUAUCAAUAAAAGUAAAAAAAAAGUUAAGUUUUUGUGUCUUUAAAAUUGUGAAUAAUCAGUGUGUUUUUGGACACUUCCUAUCCCAAAUCUAAAAAAGUGACCGUAUCUGCCGACCAUUUCUUUUUAUUUUCUUCUUGAGGGACCAAAGCGUCGACCGUUGGAUUUUGAUUUUUUGAUCAGAACCUGAUCAUGAACCGUCGCCUCGUCCUAUCCCCCUUUCUUGCCUUUUUAGUACUGCCCACGCCGGCGUCGAGAAGCUUCGAGACCAAGCAAAAGGGUUCGUUCCGAUCAAUCGGCCAUGGCGAGCAUCUCACUCGAAGCCCUCCUCCUCUGGGUCGCCAUCCUCGCCGGGAUAUCCCUCACCCGCCUCCCCUACGAGGAACUCCCCGGAUCCGGCGGCGGCCUCGUCCCCUCCGUCCUCUUCCGGGACCAGCCGGCGGCCUUCUACGCCUUCGUCCUCGCCCUCGUCCUCUCCGCCUCCGCGGCCGCCAGCGCCAUCAUGCACCGCCGCGGCUUCCCCGGAUACGCCAGGCUUUGCCGCCGCGUCGCGUCUGCGUCCAUGGUGGCCGCGUCGGGCGCCCUCCUGUACGUCUCGUCGCGCUCUGCGUGGAUUAUGUGGCAAUCGGACACGGCGGCGAGCGUCGCCACUAAUUGACCAAUACGGUGAUCCUCACAAGCCCAGGCCUGCUUUGCUUCUCACAGCUGUGUCAUGUUGUUGUUGUUGUUGUUGUGUCUCUGUGUGUAUACAUACAAUACAGUCAAUACAGUGUGUUGUUUCAAGAUUUGUUUACCUUAACAACUUGCUUGCUAGCUAGCUACACCUUUGCCCAUAGAUUUCUGGAUCAUAUGUAACAAAGUCAUUGCUUUUCCUUUCUUACUUGCCUAACAGUGUAUGCCAUAUGUACUCUUUUAAGUUUAUGCAAUACAUGGUUAUGGUUUUCAUGUCAA